AUGCAUGUACCUAAUAAUGAUAAACGAACAUUUUUGAUUGAAAAAUCGUACAUUCCUGCCGUUCUGGAUGAAUCUGAAAAACCAUCGGAUGCUUUACAUAAUAGUGAACGAUUUGAAACCGUUCCACCUUGUCCUAAAUCAAGAAAUAUCAAUGUACAUAGUUCAUCGUGUUUAUUAUCUCAACAACAGCAUACUUCUUCAUCAAAUAUAUGUGAACCAAUUGAUACAACAAACAGAAAAAUAGCCAUACGUGGACCUCUCACUCGUCAAGAAAUCCGAGAUGAGAUAGGUGCUAUGGCACGAAGUAUUCUAUCUUAUUCAAAUAAAAAUGAUAGAGAAGUUUUAUUGGUUUGUGAUGGAUAUUGUAAAUUAGAUGUUCUUUUUGAAAAAAUAAUACGUGAUAUUCUGGUAGCGACUCAUACACCAAAUCUUGCCGUUUGUCGUUAUACAGAUUUUCAUGAUGAAUCUGUUACUGGCUUACUCAUCACUAUAAGUAGUUAUCACGUUAAACCAUUAGUUUCACUUGAGGAAUCAGCCGAACCAAUCUCUAAUUUAUUCGAUGGAAUAGAAAAAAAUUCAAAGAAUCCAUUCGACGGUCUCAGUCAAGAUAAUUCCGCUUUGAUUCAUCUCUAUACAAUUCAAUUUGGCCCUGAAACUUUCAUUUAUCACUUACUUAACUCCUUAACGGUUAAAUUUUUUUAA